GAUUAAAUGGGAAAAUGGCAACCUACGUGACUAUGACUGCUCCAAUAACCUUGGAUGAUGCAAUCUCUUACACAAAAAAGGUCGAAGCAGGUGAAUACUAUGGUCAAACGGCACAACAAGUACUCCAAAGGGUCAAAAGCAAAAUUGAGAAUCUAGUAAAAAAAAUGAGUGAAAUGAUAAUUAAUUAUGCAAAUAUAGUAAACUCAGUUGCACAAUCAAAAAGUUGGAGUCAAAGAAAGGGUAAUCAGUAUAAUCAAACAAAUUGA